CUGAGCAGAACUGAAAGUCCCGGGAUGAGGACGGACUCUCGGCUGAGUCCCCAGUGUCUUCACCGUGUCAUGUAACCCUAUGGACGUUUGUCCGUCGUGGUGUGGUGUCCAGCCGGAGCCCCGCGGGUUGGGGACACAUGUGUCCGCCCCUGGGAGAGCAGCCCUGUCAGCCAUCAACACCGGGGAGGAAGCGGCCGCGUCGCGUGUUCUCUUCUCUUCCUCCUCCCGAGGGUCUUUCUCGCAUUUAAUCCCGCACACGUGACCUGCACACGUUCCAGAAUGAGGGUCUUCACGUCCCUGCUGAAAAACGCCCACCCCAAAAUCGAGUACUACUCCCGGUUCUCCCCGUCCCCGCUGUCCAUCAAGCAGUUCCUGGAUUUCGGCCGGAACAAUGCAUGUGAGAAAACCUCCUACAUGUUCCUGCGCAAGGAGCUGCCCGUGCGCCUGGCCAACACCAUGAGAGAAGUCAACCUGCUGCCUGACAAGCUGGUGGGCCAGCCCUCCGUCAGGCUGGUGCAGAAGUGGUACAUGCAGAGUUUUGUGGAGUUGCUGGAUUACGAGAAUCGAAAAGCAGAGGAUCCUCAUGCUCUGAACGACUUCCUGGAGCUCUUGAUCGAGAUCCGUAACCGUCACAACGACGUGGUUCCCACUAUGGCUCAGGGAGUCAUCGAGUACAAGGAGAAGUUUGGCUUCGACCCCUUCGUCAGCAGCAACAUCCAGUAUUUCCUCGACCGCUUUUACACCAAUCGCAUCUCGUUCCGCAUGCUCAUCAACCAGCACACUCUGCUGUUUGGGAACGACACCAACCCCGCUCACCCAAAACACAUCGGCAGUAUCGACCCCAACUGCAGCGUGGCUGAAGUCGUCCGGGAUGCCUACGACACAGCCAAGAUGCUGUGUGAGAAGUACUACCUGGCUGCUCCUGAGCUCAAGAUCGAGGAGUUCAACAUGAAGGCCCCUACAAAGCCCAUCCAGGCCGUGUACGUUCCCUCUCAUCUGUUCCACAUGCUGUUCGAGCUGUUCAAGAACUCGAUGAGAGCCACCGUGGAGCUCCAUGAGAACAGCACAGAGGGAUUACCACCUGUAAAGGCAAAAGUCACUCUGGGUAAAGAGGAUCUGUCCGUAAAGAUCAGCGACAGUGGAGGAGGAGUUCCUCUCAGGAAGAUAGACCGUCUGUUUAACUACAUGUACUCCACGGCCCCGACGCCCAGCCUGGAGCCAGGAAUCGUUCCCCUGGCUGGCUUCGGCUACGGUCUGCCCAUAUCAAGGCUCUAUGCCCGAUAUUUCCAGGGGGAUCUGAAGCUCUACUCCAUGGAGGGCGUUGGCACGGACGCUGUCAUCUAUCUGAAGGCGCUGUCCAGUGAGUCCUUCGAGCGGCUGCCCGUCUUCAACAAGUCAGCGUGGCGCCACUACAAGACCAGCCCCGAGGCCGACGACUGGAGCAACCCCAGCAAGGAGCCCCGCGAUGCCAGCAAGUCCAAAUACAAAGCCAAUAGAUAACUCCGCCCCGCCCGCUAGCCCCGCCAUCUGCUCUCCGCCUCCAGCAUGUGCGACGAAAUGUUGCCCUUGGGUAAAAGUUUGGUCUCGGAUCAGACUGGCUUUUACAUUCCACUGGUUGAAUCUUUGUAAAAGAUGGAAGACCUCGACUUAAAUCUGUGCCCAAAGGCAAUGAGCUUCACCAGAGUCGGAGUUUAAAAUCAACUUCUUCCAAAUUAUAGAUCCACGCUGCUUAAUCCCAUUUAUAAAGAACGUAUAUGUGUUUCAUUUCUAAAUGGGGUUAGACUGUGACCAUUUCUUCGACCUAAAUUCCCUGCAUCACUGUUAUCGCUCCCUCUCUCUCCCACAUAGUCGGCUUUGCUGACCAGGCCGCUGCUUGGCGUGGCUGAAUGGGCCGAGCACUGCUGAGUGUCUUUCUGCUUCUCCCUCUCAAACACAAGUGGAGUCAGGGGGUUCGAGUUUCAGUUCACACAGGAAAAGAAGGGAGGUUUAUUUAUGCUUUUGACUCUAUGCACACUCAGGCCAGUGUGUCAUUUGCAUUGUCUUCUUUUGGUUGCACUCUAUUUAAUUUACAUUUAGGAAGCAUUGGAACAGGCGUCCACCUUAUUUUUAAAGAUCUAGAUUUUUAUUUAAUGUGACUGAAAGCCUUACUUCUAGCUACAUACAAUAUAAAUUACUUUUUAAAGAGAAUAGUAGGAGUGACAGUAUUUUUAUCUUGUUACUACUCAACUCCAAGAUGUGAUUCAACCAACCACCAAUAAUGUUAAUCAUCAAUACUGACCCUGCUUGCACAGGACAGAGCUGCACCUCGAUUUAACUCCUGCUAACGAUGAACAGUGCAUCUGCCGGGAUGCUCCUGAAACGCCGCCACGCCAGCUUUGACUGUCAAGUAGCUUCAGCCACACCAGCAUGAUGAAUUGAAUGACUCCUCAGAGAAGAGAGGAACGGACCUGAUGCAUCUCAUGAGAAACGAUAAAAGUGGGAUGAUGCAUUACAUUCAUCAUCAUUGCAUUUCCUCCUGCAAACAUUCCAAACCUGGAUACUCAACCUCAGCUUGGACUUACCAACGCUUCUUGCAGUCUGCCUUGUGUUUCACAUGUAGUAUUACUAACCCUAAUGGUUUCUAUGAAUGAGUUUAAACAGAUUUUUUUUUUUUUAAAUGUACUUUUGUGUUUUAAUCAAGAGUGAAAAUGAUCUAGAGGAAUUCAGCUAAAAUGCAGAAGAAAUUCAUCAGUGACAGGUUUUUAUUUAUUCGUGCAAGUUUUUUUGGGACCUUCAAUCUUUGAUAUUGGAACAGGAUAACUUUUUUUAUGAUAACUUAUCAGUUUUUAUUGAUUGCUUUUUUUGUUUAUUUCUACGCCAUAGGAAGUUAAGCAGAACUGAAGAGAAUGCGGUUCGAGGAGCUGAGCUCUCGGCCGCCGAAGCAUCUGUGGGUACUGAAACAUAACAUCCAAUCACAAGUCACGGGAAUCAUGUUCAGGAACUGUAUGAGUGCACUUCGAUAAGAAAUAUGUUGUCUUUUAAAUACUAUAAAUUCAGAUGUAUAUCAAGAUUUUUAUUAGGAAUAGAUCAGAUCCCAGGUUUGAACUCUCAUCUUUAAAAGCUAAAUAAAAAUACAUACCUUAAAUUCAGCUUGAACCAAACCUGAAAGCAUUUGUUAAAAUCCAAUGUUAUUUUAAGUGACUCUUUUCUCAUCUCCUUCAGCUCCAUGAAUCUGAUGUAAAAAGACAGGAUUUUAGAGGAAGACUUUUGAGCGACUCUUCGCUAAGGACUGUUUCCUCACUCUGUAGCUCCUUCGCUGUUCUGCCACACUAUAAUUCCAUCACUGCCAAUGCCUUUGUAAACCUGCCAGUCUCACUGAGGGACGCUCGGUGUCCAACCCGCUGUAGAGGAAAUGUUGCCCGAUAGGUUAGAGACGGCCGCCCUCGUUCAUUCAAAGGCCUCAGAUCGCCGCCUGUAAUGUGUGGUCGUCAUUAUCAGGACGAUCUUCCAGCUUCAGUCGUUGACAACCUUAAGAAAGACUGUCUGUACCAAUAGUGUACUAGAAAAUAUUCUUUAUAUACAUAUAUAUAACUAAGAAUAAUGUCAAGACUGUUUACGCAGCCAGUGUGGAGUGAUCGCUGUUUUCAAUCCUACUGUACCUCCCAGCUCAAAAUAUUGUUAGUGUUUUUGCAUGAGCUCCUCAGUGCGGAGGCAAUCGUGCAAAUAUUGCAACACAAACGACGAACAAGGUGUAAGAGCAGACUAACAAUGUGUUUCAGCAUGAUACCAACUUACAAUACCUACUGUCAAACCCGACAAUAAAGAAAAUGGCUGUUGUGUGUAA